UUGAGUUUAGGUGCAAGACCUAAAACUUCGCUUUUACUACUUGAUGAUAACAAUCGGACUACAAGACUCAAAGUAUCUGGAAGUUUGCAGGCAUUACAGAGUUUGUGUGUGCGGGUAAGAGCCAUUUUCGACACUCCGAAGAUUUCUGCAGACACAGAUAAGUCUCGAAUGGUACUCAAAUGUGCUGUGAUGUAUUGCUUACUUGCUCCGCACAGUAACGAGCAAUGGGAUUUGCUGAAUCGCAUAGCGAUCAUGAGAGAACUAGAGCUUGUACCUGAGUACAAGUCCCUCGUGGAAUUGUUCAUCAAUCAAGAACUGAUCUCGUGGCAGAACAUAAUUGUACGACAUUAUGAAAAAACAUUGAAGAAAAUUCCGGGAACUGGGAUUUUCGAAGGCAAAGAUGGAGAAAAGCGAUGGAAAGAUUUACACAUGAGAGUUGGGGAGCAUGUGAGUCCUGGUUUUUUCUGGUCUCCUAUUCGGAAUAUGCGUAUGAUCUCGAAAUACUACACGCAAAUUACAUUUGAUCGAUUAGCCGAGCUACUGGAUUUCCCUCUGAACAUCCUUGCUACAACUUUCUACUUCUGCCAUAUUUUUUAUGCAAAACUUGAUUUUGAAGCAUCCGUUUCUUUGCCAGCUGGCACCUCAACUGGCACCUCUUUUCACGACAUGGAGGCGUUCCUUUGCAAUCUCAUUGUGACGGGUGGAAUAACAGAUGCAAAAAUCCACCGCCCAUCUCGUGUUGUUAAUCUCAGAGCACGAAAGGCUAAUUUGGAACAGUUGGAUCAGUGGGCCAGCAACGUCCAUAAACUCACCGAGACGUUGAACAAGGUAUUCUUUGCGGAUAAGCUAGGUGAUGUCUGGGUUCAUUGGGUACAUCUGAACUCUGUGAUGCUUUGGUGGUUUUAUAGCACAUUUCAAGCUUAUCAAGAGAUAAAAUAACC